CAAUCCCCAGCCCUCAUACCGUAACAUUUUCGGGACCUAAAAGUGAUUCAAGUGCUACACCAAAGACCAAAAAAUUUAAAAAAAAUCAUGAUAGUAGUGUUCUCAGAGAAACGAUUGGUACGCCAUCUGCUGGCACUCGUCGUCAUACUCGACUUGAUCUUUGUAGUGGUCGGAAAGCCUCAAAAUGACGCAGAACCCGAUGGGUAUGACCCAUCAGCAGGAGGAGAUGAUGAGGGUUCCCAGGUUUACGAACACCCGAACCUGCCGGACUCGUUGCACAAACCCAGGCCUUCUGGGAUCUCACCGAAAUUGAUGCUGGAAAACGAUGUUGAAGAAACCGCAAAGAAUCGGUUAAGCUGUUACGUAUGCGACACGGGUUCAUCAUCAGCAGGAAGUAACAAUGUCGACGCGUGUUGCGACGACGUCAGAGUCGAUCAGAUUUUCGUCAGCGACGGAAGUGUGGAUCAACAACUCUUCUGCUACACACUGUUCGUCGACAAAACAAAAGCAAAGGUGCAGACCCGUGGUUUGAUGCUCAGCAACGAAGCCGUCAUUGGCUGCGUUCAGCACCUGAACGGUCAGGAAAUCUGCCUGUGCGACGCAGACAAUUGCAACAGUGAACCCGUGUCUACGGGUGCCAAGUGCCCUGGUGCGAUCCCCUACAAUUACAACCCCCACCAAUAUCCCGAAUCCGGAAAUUACGUGCCAGGAAUGGAUGCGGAACCAGUCCCAGGCACUGCUGGUGGUGCUGACGACGACGAACACCACCAGCAUCAGCAGGACAUGGUCGACAGCAACCGGACUUCCGUCGUCAGUGCCAGCAAAUCGUCCAAUGACGCAGUGUCGAUGAAAUUGACGACGAACGGGAACGGAUUCUCCGUUGCUGUCGUCGGUGUUUCGGCGAUGUUUUCCUGGCUUUUGGCGAGAGAUUUCCGUGGUCUAGUUAUUUAACUUCAAAAGCAUAUCGCAAAAAUACAAAUCUCGUUUUUUUCUGCCCGAGUCGAAAUAAAAAUUUUCCACUCACUCAUGAGGAAGUCAGUAUUAUAUAGGGAAAAUCUGUUGAAGGGAAAAAAUGUUCCCCAGCAAAUAAUUUGUUACAGGAAGGGCUGGGUGUAACAGCUACAUGUUGAGUCUUGCAUUUGUUAUGUGUAACUGUUGGGCUCAGCUUCUUCUGCUAUGCAUUCUUUUUUUUUCUUUUGGUGGUGCACUGAACCAUUCUUCUGCAAUGCAUUGGGAAUGCAUUUUCAACGC